AGCGCGGGGAGGGGCGGGGGCGGCACCGGCACCACCGGCACCGGGACCACCGGGAGCGGCACCGGGAGCGACGAGGCGGCCGCGGCGGGGGCCGCGCCGCGCCAUGGCCCAGCAGCAGAUGAGCAGCUCGCAGAAGGCGCUGAUGCUGGAGCUGAAGUCGCUGCAGGAGGAGCCGGUCGAGGGCUUCCGCAUCACCCUGGUCGACGAGUCCGACCUCUAUAACUGGGAGGUGGCGAUCUUCGGGCCCCCCAAUACGCUCUACGAGGGCGGGUACUUCAAGGCUCAUAUUAAAUUUCCUAUCGACUAUCCAUAUUCACCACCUACCUUCAGAUUCCUGACCAAAAUGUGGCACCCCAACAUUUAUGAGAAUGGAGAUGUAUGUAUUUCAAUUCUUCACCCACCUGUAGAUGACCCGCAAAGUGGAGAGCUGCCAUCAGAGAGGUGGAAUCCUACCCAAAAUGUCAGGACUAUCUUACUGAGUGUAAUCUCUUUGCUUAAUGAGCCCAACACAUUCUCCCCAGCCAAUGUGGAUGCAUCAGUCAUGUUCAGGAAAUGGAGGGACAGUAAAGGAAAAGACAAGGAGUACGCCGAAAUCAUAAGGAAACAGGUUUUGGCUACCAAAGCUGAGGCAGAGAAGGAUGGUGUGAAGGUCCCCACUACACUGGCAGAGUACUGCAUCAAAACUAAAGUGCCUUCCAAUGACAACAGUUCAGAUUUGCUUUACGACGACUUGUAUGAUGACGACAUUGACGAUGAAGACGAGGAGGAGGAGGAUGCCGACUGUUACGAUGAUGAUGAUUCUGGCAACGAGGAGUCGUGACCUGUUCCCUCUAUGCCCCUGUACUGCCCUGCCGACUCAGGCCAGAAGGGAGCAGCGGUAACCUAGCAGCAGUCCAGCAAAAAAGUGGGGGGAGGGGGGGUGUCAAAAAAAAAAAAAAAAAAAAAGAAAACAAAAAAAAAACCCAACACAAAACUUUGUCUCCUGCUGUCUCCUGUUGUAUGGAUCUGUUCGCUCCUUUUUUAUGGACCUCUUAGAGACCCUCCACAGAAUGUCUGAAUUCUUGCAUUCUUAACCCUUUCAUCACUGUAUUACAAUUUCUUUUUAAAAAAGAAACUCCCCUUUUCACUUCUCUACGAAAUGCUCACAGCAAAACAGAUUUGCUCGUGUUUAGAUUCUUGAAUGAAAUACAGUCUUGCAUUAAGAUGUUUAAUGUAUUUAAAGCUGGAACAAACCCAUUGGAAGCUGGGUUUUUGGGAGCUCAAAGUGCUGCAUUUACUGGGAAGAAAAAAAAAAUCCCCACGAAGCAAAUUGCCAAGGUUUAGCUGCUCCAUUUACAAUAAUAGCGUGUGUACAUUCGUUUAGCCUUGUGGUGGUGGCUUUUCCUUUAUAGGGUGUGGGGCGGAGAGUGUAAAGCUACUGUGUGUUGAGCUUGAUGGGAUGUCACUGAGAGGUACAGUAUUCCUUUUCAGCCUGAUAAGUUAGGAAAUAGCUGGUCCCUGGAGCCCCAGAGGGCACAAUCAGCUUUGUCUCUGGAAAAGGCUUGUGAUAUGAACCCUAAAAUAAACACUUAACACUUCACAUCUGUAAAACUGA